AUGGCUAUUUCUCUCAUGGCAAGCCAAAUUGAAGAUCUAACAAUAAGUGAUGUUGAAAAUUCUAUUACUAAUGACAAUUUUGCAAAACGAGUAGAAACUAAUAAUAUUUAUACCGAAAGCAAUAAAAUUGAUAAUCAUUGCGCCAAUUUCAAAAACCAAGUCGAAAGGAUUAGUACUGUAGAAUACAGACAACAAUCUCGGACAAGUCAAAGAUUACACGGCAAUUUGCGAAAUGUCAAUAUAAAGAAAUACGUGAUGGACCGUAUUGUAGAUGCAAAUGAAGCAACAGAUCAUAAAUUACACAGAGAAAUAACGAGCUGGACCAUGAUGGGUGAUGAAAUGGAAAACCAACGCAGAUCAACAAUCCAAAUGAACGAGAUCUUACCGGAAUUACAAUUAGUAUUUACGCUAAAGCCGGGAAUGGAUCGUCGUAGAUUUAAUUUUCAAAGAUGCAACGAAGUUGCAGCAGUUUUCUCGACUACAGCUGAUAGCGAAAUUCCAGAAGCUUUUGUUGAAUUAUUUCAUCUGAGAUUACUGCUACUGACGGUCAAAGGUGCAAAAAAUUAUAUAGAUUUGAAAACAGUUAAUGGAAAUGUUCAUCAGACAUUCACAGCAACGUGUUUAGCUCAAGGUUUAAUCGAAGAUGACGAAGAGUGGAAACACACGAUGGAUGAAGCUACAACUUGGAUGAUGCCACGAAGACUUAGAAGGCUGUUCGUUAGAAUACUUAUCCACUGUCAACCAGUUCACCCAAAAGAUCUUUGGGAAGAAUUCAAAGAUGAAAUGGCAGAGGAUUAUUCACGCAGGGAGGAAUCGUCGCGUGGCCGAGCACGAGCCUAUGCACAAAUCAGUGAAAUGUUGAAUGCAGAGGGUUGGAGUCUUUCUGAUUUUCCGGAAAUGGAACAAAAAAUAAUUAAUUUGAAAUCGAACAAUGAAUUACUUGAGGAAUCAUCUACAAUCGGAGUGCGACAGUAUGAAAAAUUAAAUUCUGAACAAAAAGAAAUUGUUGACGCCGUAUUGGAUUCGAUUAAUACAGCCAAAUACACCGGCGGCGCUUGCUUCUACAUCGAUGACCCGGGUUCAUUCACGGGAAUUUCAGCCACAUUGUUACAACAAGGCAGAACAGUUGAUAUGACGUUCGGAUUACGUGUUCCCCUCUAUUCAGACUCAACAUUUGCAUAA